UCUCUCAGUCUGCGCAUCAACCAUGUUUAUUGAAAGUAACGCGAAAUGGAGAAGAGUUAUUAAAUAAAAUGUAUAAAAAACCACCUUGUGACUUACGUAUCGUGAUAUUGGACACUGUGUCUUUCUACUGCCGUUGCCUACAGUUAAAAUGCUUUCAGCAAACUAGAGCAAACUACGCAAACAGGUUCGUUGUUUUCUGAAUUGAGCUUGGUGGAGAUCAAGAAGGCGUUCGCGGCUCCGAAAGAGUGUGUUUCUUCUGUGGUGAGCGACCUUAAUUGGAGUCCGAAGGACAUCUUUGACACAAAAAACAGGAGUCCGAGUCUCAUUUCCUGGAGUCUCGGACCACCGGACUCCCGUUAGUGUCGCACACUGCGUCCACUUUUCUCAGAAAGUAUCAAAGCUAUUGCAUUCAAACUUGGCACACUUACUUACUAUCAUGAGGGACUUGGCAGGCAUGUGACUCGCAGAAUUCUACUCCAAGUUCAAGCAUCAUUACCACCUCCCAGCCACCUCCAUCUGGAAUACAGAACGUCUAUAGGACACCACCAAAGCCAACUGGACCAACUAGCGCUGAGCGAAAGAUGGCAGAAAUGACAGACGAAUUGGAAAAAGAAAUGGAGGCAGCAUCCAAAGGUGGAGAAUACUUUGGGAAAUCGCAACAGGUGACGGUUUUUCUUAUAGAUCACAAAGGGAAAACUCUAUCAUUGGAUGUAAGACUUGAUCAAACUAUUGGCCAACUAAAGGAAUUGGUGGAAGACAAAACUGGUGUAGAAAAAGACGAGCAGCUAUUGAUGUCUAGGCGUCGCGAGAUAGGCCAAGAGGAAGACAGAUUUCUACACGAGUGUGAAAUUAAACAUGAGGACACCCUGCAACUUCGUGUUAAACUUCGAGGAGUAUCCAGUGUGAUACGUAGCAUAACGGGAUUUCCUUUCGACCCACUAGAAAUACAAAGACAGAUCGAAAGGUUGUUAGCCCAUGAAGAUGAUCCAGACAAUGAUAAACCAUUUACAGAACCCCUGGAUCAUACACUUUGUUCCUCAGGCUCGGUUCGCCGUCCUGCUGGCCCUGGUUGUGUUUCCAUGGAAACAUUAGAUGGGGCCCAAAGGGAGAACACAGCAGGGGGAGAUAUCCAGCAACCAGAACAACCACAGUUGUUUUUGUUUGACGAUGAUCCAGACGAUGAUAAACCAUUUACAGAACCCCUGGAUCAUACACUUGGUUUCUCAGACUCAGGUUGCCCUCCUGCUGGGUCUGUCAGUGCUUCCAUGGAAACAUCAGAGGGGACCCCAAGGGAGAACACAGCAGGGGAAGAUAACCAGCAACCUGGACAGCCCGAGGAGACCAAGUCCUUUAAAUAUGAUGAAUGUGAGAAGCAAGUGAGGGAUGCUGAUGAUGUCGAGUUUCAGCCAGCCAAAAAGGAACAUUCCAGUUUCUCUGAAUCCAGCAAGGAUAUUAAACCACUGAUGAGGGAAGAAAAGGGGCAGCAACUUGCAAACGACAUAAUAACAACACGCCUUCGUGAGAUGUUUGUGACAUAUGGUCGGACUUCUAAAAGAGUUCAAGACGUUUGCAAAAUAAUAUCUAAAUGCUUUUUACAAGUGCGCGGGGUGAUCGAUUGCUAUCCUGCAUACAUGAUUGGAAAUGAGACAAAUAUUGUUUUUGUAUUGACAAUCACAGAUAACAUAGCUAAUAUUAAGCAGCAGCUCGACAAGGUUGAUAUAGACGUUGUUAUCAAAACAGUUUCUUCAGAUAUUUGUGAACAUGACCUAGCAAUUACUGAAGACUUCAGAGAAAAUUACAAGGAUAUGGAAAUACUUAAAAAAUGCAUAUUAAAUAAUACAGAAGAUUUAAUGCAACAACAUAAAUAUCUUAGUAUAAUAAAAGGAGGUUCAAACAAACAAAUGAAAGGUUUAAAACGAGAACUGUGUUUAGUUUUGUAUGUUCACGCAAAAGGAUUUAUACCUAUUGACGAAGAGCCGUUCAAAAAAUCCUAUGACGGCAUACAUGUGAAAGUUUUAGAAGGAAGAUUUACACCAUAUAUGAAUCACGAUGAGGAAGUUCGACAAGGAAGUUCUAGGCCAUCUAUGAACCAUGCUAAUGUUAAGCUUAAUAAAUUAAGAAUGGGUUGUACAAUUGAAGGGCAUCAAAAGGGCACACUUGGUGUAUUUAUUGAACAUCCAUCAUAUGGUUUGUGUGGUAUAACGUGUGCCCAUGUUGCAGUAAGUGACGAAGUGAUGAUGGAAUGUGAAUCGAAAAAUGGACGAUUCUUAUCGGAAAACGGGGAAAUGGUACAUGAACCAAAAAAACAUAUGUAUCAACCAUACAGACGCACAGAUAACUCGAAUUCAUUCGGACAAAUAGUUGAAGUUAUUUAUAAGAAAGGUAACUUGUCAGAGACAGGAAUGGAGACAGGAAUGGAAAUAGCGUUAGUACAAAUAGAACAGAGACAUCCAGAUAGCGGAAAAUUUCCAACACCUAGACCUAAAGGUGUUCAUGACCUGCUUGGCACCGUGCCAACAGACAAGCCUCCAGACGUUGAGGAAGGUAUGGUGGUUUCCCAAUCAGGUGUUCAUGACCUUCUUGACACCGUGCCAACAGACAAGCCUCCAGACGUUGAGGAAGGUAUGGUGGUUUCCCAAUCAGGUGUUCAUGACCUGCUUGACACCGUGCCAACAGACAAGCCUCCAGACGUUGAGGAAGGUAUGGUGGUUUCCCAAUCAGCAGUCAAGUCGGACUAUGAGUUCGCAUCAGGCAAAACAUGUGGACCAACGAGAUUUAAUACCAACUACUGUUUUAAAUUUGGAAGCGGAACUGAUUUCACAGAGGGUACCAUUGAAAUGCAUGGCCCUAAUAUGGUCAAAACAAUAACCCAUACGUGGAAUUAUGCUAAACUGGAGUUAACUUUAUACAACCAAUUUUUUGUUAAACCAAAACAAGGUAAAUUUGCUUUUUUUGGUGACUCCGGAUCGCCUGUGUUUGUGAAAGAAGAAGGAACUGAUGAGCCUGUGUGCAUUGGGCUUGUUGCAGGAGGUUUUACUAAUGGAGGACCUGUCGUUGUUACUCCUAUUACAAAAAUUCUAGAAGAGCUCCGUAUAUCUCAACUGAAAGCAUUUCCUCAAAAUGUUUAUAUGCAAGAACUACAAGAGAUAAAAUCAACUCUAAGUGAAGUGACAAAAAAACUAAAUGUAUUCCAAGAACAAUUUGAGGAAUUAAUAAAAGAAGUGAAACAAAACAAUCAAAAACAUACAAAAUAAAAUGAAUGUAAGAAGCCGCCGAUUAUUUCAUGAUUGUGUAAUGACAUUAAUCCGUAUUAUGCGUUAUUAUGUGUUAAAGCCGAUAUCGACAAGCUUACUCGCAUUUGUUGUGUUGUAACAUUGUGUCUCAAUUCAAUCCCGAUUAUGUCUCAAUUGUGAUACAUCGGCUAUCUCCGGAUUCCUCCGCAAGAUAGGCCUCGUGUAUAAUGGUCACCAUCUUGGCUUGUCUUACUGCUUUACUACCCAAAAGGUUAUCAGUCUUUUGUUACAAGGCCGUAUACGCACGCGUUUAACUAGCGCCAUACUUUCUACUGAAUCUUUGAUAUAAAGACCUCUGUCAACGUUCAUUUGCUACUUAUUUUGACCUAUAAGCCGUAUCAUUUCCCUUUUCAAAUUACUUUACCACGGUAUUGUCAUCUUAUGAAAAUGAAAUUGCAGUGUUAACAAAACUAUCCAAACAGAAAGUGAAACUAAAUACAUUACGUUUUGCGAUAGAAACACUAAAUUUGUCCAGUUUUACUGGGUUGAUUAUGUAUUUAUGUGUAUGUUAUAAUGGGGUGUAUUGAUUGCUAAUAUAACCAGAAUUUAAAAUUAUCAUUAUUAUUUAUACUAAAAUUAUCAUUACUAUUUGUUUGAGCUAAUAUUUGUAAAUUAUCAUUACUAUUUGUUUGAGCUAAUAUUUGUGUAUUUUUAUUCAUUAUUUAUUAUUUUUAAUGAUUGUCCACAUGUUCUUGAUUCAAAUAAAUUGCAUUAAUAAGGGGUUGAUAUUUCAGCAUUAAAUGAUGUUAUAUUUUGUUUAUUCAUUUUUAAGCAUAUAGUGUAUGCAUACAUGUUUUUCAUUUGCAAACAAUGGUUCUAACAAAGUAUACAGGAAAAAUGCCUUAUAAUGUUUUUAUCCUCCGCCAUAGGCGGAGGGAUAUUGUUUUGGCGUUGUCCGUCCGUCCUUCUGUCCGUCCGUUCGUCCGGAGCCAUAUCUUGGAAGUGCUUUGGCCGAUUUCAUUGAAACUUGGUAUGAGUAUAUAUAUGGAUAAGAGGAUGAUGCACGCCAAAUGGCAUGGUACACCAUCUGUUAAUAACGGAGUUAUGGCCCUUUGUAUCUUGAAAAAAAUGCUUUUUAUUAUAAGCUUACAGCUUAUCUCCAUUAACACAUGAGCGUGAGCCGUGAAACUUGUCAUAGUUGUUCUCAAUCAUCUGGGGGUGCUUCACAUUCAACACCCGUAAUCCUAGGGGCUAAGGUCAAGGUCACAAAUUGAGGUCAAAGGGCAUUGUCCAUCCGUCCAGAAAACUUGUGUGUCCAGAAGCAUAUUGGCGGGGGGUAUCAAUUCAACGAAUUUGCUUGUUGAUCAUGGUUUGUAAUAUUUCUAUCAUUAUGUUUUCUGUUAUAUUUCAUGAAUGAUCUUAUAAGAUUGAAAAAGAAAAUAAUAAUAAAAAAUAAUAUAUGAAAUGAUAAAAUAACAUCAAGUGAAUAGUAUAUAAGUGGACAAGCAUUGUGAAAAUUUAAUUCUAUUCCAUUUUUGUUCAAAGAUAUGCAAUGUAUCAUUACUGAGGGCUAUUUGUUUCUCAAUCUGGAUUUUUAGUUUCAGACUAUGUAUACAACAAUUAAAAUUUAGUAUUUGUUUUCUGUACGUCAUGUUAAAGAUAAAAUAUUUCAACAUAAGAAUAAAAUUCACAAUAUUA